CAACAAUCCUAACACACAAUGAGUGAUGACUUGAGUAACGCUAAGGUCUUUGUGGGACGACUGCCCGAUGGCUGCACCGACAAGGACUUGGAGGACCUGUUCCGCACGUAUGGUCAGGUCACUCAAGUGGACCUGGUCGGCAAAUAUGGGUUUGUGCAUAUGACUAAACGCGAAGAAGCGGACGAAGCGAUUAAAAAGUUGAAUAAUUAUAAUUUCAUGGGAUCUCAGCUCACCGUUCAGAUAUCGACGAGUAAACUGAGUAACACAGGGAAACAGCGAAAUAAUAAUUACCAGAAUAACAACCGUCGCGGGGGUGGAGGCGGCGGACCCAUGAAAGGGCGCACACCCUAUGGC